AUGAAUGUUGCAAUGGCAGGAGUUCCCAUUUUGACUUUGGAUGCGGAUGCAGAAGCUCCAGGAGCCCGAGUGCUGGCAGCUGGACGUGGGCGAUUUGCAGUGUGGGUCGGGGAAGGAGACUCAGAAGAGGUGCAAUUGGCUUUUCAUGGCAAGUGUGGUCCAGCGGCUGCGGUGAGAUUAUUACCUGGCACAACUGAGGACCUGCUCGUGAUACCAGAUGCUUCACUGGAUGCGGAGAAUGACCUUCUUCACUCACAUCCAUCUUUCGGCCUGCUUUGCAGCGUGCAAUGCAGGUCCUUGACCUCUGACCAUCGGUCCGAGCUAUCUUUCUUCCUUGUGGGUGAGUUGUUGCAGGGUGUCACGCGACAAUUUGAGCUCUUCAAGAUCUCACCGCUGGAGGUUUCUCUACAGUCAAAGAUGGGGCUGCCAAGUCUGCCUCUCACUGGUCACAUUGCCGCAGCAGAGGUGAAUCAGGAGGAGAAGCAGAACUGUUUGACAGCAGCUGCUUCAACUUCUCACGAUAUCGACAACACGGAUGCAGAGAAGAGGGAGAAGACUUUAUCAAAAUCCAGAUCGAACAGGCACAUAAAUGCAUUCCGCGAUCCCACCCAAGCGUCCAUAGCAAAAUCACUUAUUUAA